CUAAGCUUCUCUCACUUUGAGCGCGAUCUGCUACGAUCUGAUCUGACAGUCUGCACACUACCUCUGGUGUACGAGCUUUCUACAGUUAUGCAGGUCUUUUUAGUCGUGCUCUGCCUUUUGGCAACCGCUGCCCAAAGCGCGGUCCUAGCACCACUUCCCAGAGCUGCUGGAGCCUCGUCUACCGACUUCGAUGCCGUUGUUUUGGAUGAGCAACUCCAGCCACGAGCAGUUGCUGACGGCUACUGGCUAAAUGAUCUGUCUGGCAAGGGUAUUGCGCCUUUCAACCCGAAUCCGGCCGCAUAUAAGGUCUUCCGCAACGUGAAGGACUAUGGAGCCAGAGGUGACGGUGUCACUGACGACUCGGAUGCAAUCAACCGUGCGAUCAGUGACGGAAACCGCUGCGGUCCUUGGGUGUGCGACUCGUCAACUGACACACCUGCGGUUGUGUACAUUCCCUCUGGCACAUAUCUCAUUUCUAAACCUAUCAUCUUUUACUACAUGACUCAGCUUAUUGGUAACCCUCGCAACCUACCAGUGCUCAAGGCGGCGGCCAACCUAGAGGCUUUGGCUUUGAUCGAUGCAAGCCCUUACAACAACAACGAUGGCUCCCCGGGCUGGAUAUCUACCAAUUUAUUCAUGCGUCAAAUCCGAAACUUGAUCAUCGACGGUACCGCAAGAGCCCCAACUCAGGGUUUCCAAGCCAUCCAUUGGCCAGCUUCCCAGGCAACAACGAUCCAGAAUGUCAAGAUCCGCAUGACUCAAGCCUCAAACUCAGUGCACGCGGGUAUCUUUGUGGAGAACGGAUCGGGCGGCCACAUGGCCGAUCUCGACAUUGAGGGAGGUCUCUACGGUAUGAACAUCGGAAAUCAGCAAUUUACUAUGCGUAACGUCAAGAUAUCCAAGGCCGUGGUCGGUAUCUCCCAAAUCUGGAACUGGGGCUGGCUCUACUCAGGCUUGGCAAUCAGCGACUGCGGCACUGCGUUUUCCAUGAGCAACGGUGCACAGAGCAACAAGCUUGAGGUUGGCUCAGUAGUCAUCAUCGACAGUGAAAUCACUAACUGUCCAACUUUCGUUGAUCAAGCGUGGACGAGAAGCACAACUCCUAUUGGUGCCGGACAACUUGUUAUUCAGAACGUAAAGCUCAACAACGUGCCAGUCGCGGUAAAGGGACCUAGUGGUGCCACUAUCCUUGCAGGAGGAUCCAUCACGAUUGGUACCUGGGGCCAAGGUAACAGGUACACACCAAACGGACCAGAGAAAUUCCAAGGCCCCAUGACAACUGCAGCCAGACCUGCGGGACUUUUGGACAAUGGCAAGUUCUACUCAAAAUCAAAGCCUCAGUAUGAGACCUUGGCUACGAGCAGCUUCAUCAGUGCCCGUAGCUCCGGCGCAACAGGAAACGGCGUUACAGAUGACACCGUUGCCGUGCAGAGCGCUAUCAACCAGGCUAUAUCGCAGAACAAGGUCCUGUUCUUCGAACAUGGUGUUUACCGAGUGACCAACACACUCGAAUUUGCACCUGGUCUGCGCGCAGUUGGAGAGACCUUUUCGAUUAUUAUGGGUGCUGGCAGCAACUUUGCCGACCAAAACAACCCCAGGCCAGUGGUACGAAUUGGCAAGACCGGCGAAAGUGGAAGCAUCGAAUGGUCAGACAUGAUUGUGCAGACUCAAGGAGGUACCCCAGGAGCGAAACUGAUCGAGUACAAUCUGAGGACUGCUCGUGGCUCAGGUCUCUGGGAUGUCCACACGCGCGUCGGCGGAGCCAAGGGUACUGGGCAACAGCUUGCGCAGUGUCCCCUUGGCUCGGUCAACUCACAAUGCUUUGCCGCUCAUACAAACGUUCACGUCACCAGUUCUGCAACGGGAGCGUACUUUGAGAACAACUGGUUCUGGACAGCUGAUCACGACCUGGACGACUGGAACUCGACACGUAUCUCUAUCUACACCGGGAGAGGUCUUCUAGUAGAGGGACGAGGUACAUGGCUAUGGGCAAACGGCGUCGAGCACCACGCAGUGUACCAGUAUCAGUUCAGCAAAGCUACAGACGUCUUUGCCGGAUUCAUCCAGACUGAGACUCCAUACUACAUGCCAACACCAGACGCACUUAGCCAGCCCUACAAAAGACAGGCAGCCUACAACGAUCCAGUCUACACUGCUGGCCAACGCGCCUGGGGCCUCCGUGCCGUUGACUCGACCAACAUCCUUGUCUAUGGUGGAGGCCUUUAUUCCUUCUUCGUCAACGACGAUGUCUCCUGUAGCAGCCCUGAUGCGCCAAACGGUAGAAGGAUAUGUCAGCCUCGGGUUCUCAGCCUUGAAGGAGCAACAAGCUUCCAAGCGUUUGCUCUGAGCGAAGUCGCAAGCGAACAGAUGCUCACCAUCGAUGGUAGGGAUUACGCAGUUUGGUCUGACAACCUGAGCGUGUACCCAAACACGAUUGGCUACAUUAAGUACAAUAUCUAGCGAGACUCUUGGUGCGGUCGAUUUCAUUCUGUAAAUAGCAUUAUCGGCGGAUUUCACCUACCUGUGGAUAUCGUGCGGUUCUUUGCUGGAUAAGUCCCGGCGUGGACAUCACAGUCAUCUUAUGAAAGCCUGAUUAUUAU